AUGAGUGAUAUACAUCUGAUAUCAGGUUAUAAAGGAAAUUCUGUUACAGGAUUACUUGGAUCUUCUGUAAAUUUCUCCUGGAGCUUCUCCAAUGGUACAAAAGGUGUUCGGGGAGUUCUGUUUGGGCUUAUCAAAGAUCACCGAGCACGCGAUUUUAUUCCCAAUGGAAUACUAGUAGCUUUUGGUGAAUCAGGAAGCCCAGAGUCUGUUCCAGUUCCCGUACAAUAUAAUGGGCGAGUAAGCGGAAGCUAUGACGGCAACACGUCAACCGUUCACGCCAUCUUCACACUCAGUUCCAUAGAAAAAGAUGAUGAGAGAUUUUUCGGCUGUCGUGUUUCCCCACAAUACUCUUUCGACGCAGAGGUUUUUGACUCUGUAUACUUAAAUGUUGCAGGUGGGUUAUAUUGCUAGCAUAUAUAAACAGUAAACUCUCUGAGACCAGAUUUUUGUCUCCACAAAUUGACUCCAAAAUUGCCGAUACUUUCUUCAUGCUCGUUCAAGACGUAUCAACACAGGCCCGUAGGGAGGGGGGUGCGACGAGUGCGCACGCACCCCCCUACAGGUUCCAGAGGUCCCUUUUUUGUUGAUCAAAGAUUAAAACAAAGUAAAUUUCGACUAUUGUUCUAUUCUAAUUCACUGAUUGUGUACUGUAGUAAAAUUGAAAAUACUGUGAAAGAGCUCAUAAGCCUGCCUCACCCUUUCAACAAAACGUGUUUUAGCCUUCGUAAACUAUAUAUCAAAAAGGGAAUUUGGUAUACCUACAAGAAACUGACCCUUUUCUAAUGCGUCACUCAAAAAAUAGGAAAUUCCAGGCAAUAUUUUUUUCUCCGAACAGAUAUUUUACAGAAAACAGUCGUUAGGUACCCCUGAGUUAUUCGGCCGUGACGGUUGCUAGCCAGGGAGAAACAUUACUGUUAACUUUGUUUUCGUUUUUUGGCGAAAGCGGUGCAACCGUUUUUGACUGGACUCAUUUAUCGGGCCGUUUCAGGGAUUUGGAAUUCUCGUUUUCGAAUUGCCUGUUAAACAGCCAAUUACAAAGGGUGGAUCUCGGAUUCACUUGUGCUUAAAGGCGAUGAAGAUAUGCAUUGUUCGUUUUUUGAGUUAGCCCUUUGUCUUUGAGCAUGGUUUAAAAUAUCUGCUGUUUUCUGUGGCAAAAAAGUAAUACUAGCGACACAAGAAAAGCUCUCUUCACUGGCUCUUAUGCACAUACACCGUCUAACAUAAUGACAAAGUUGUCUCUGCCAAAGAAAUUCAAUUUUGAAGUGCCAAAAUUUGAGAAAUAUUCAUGUUUUUCAAAACGUUAGUAACACAGUAUCAGACAACCUAGUUUCCCCCUCCCCGCCUAGAGAUUUGCUCCUCCGGUCUCGUUCGGUCGACGUCCGCCUCCUCCUUGGAUUGCAUCUCCCCGUAAUUCCGUAAAAAAAACUGGCUACGGGCCUGCAACGGGCACGGUUUAUCAUUACAACAUUAUCUUUCUGGCCUUUAUUCGAACUUUCCCAGGAAACGAGAUGUUCUAAAAAUGCAAGCCAUUUUUUUUCUUUCCGUAUUCGUUUGCCAAAUGGGGUGUCAUUGUUCCAAGCGUUCCUUGCGGAGACCAUGGAAAGUGGGUAUGAGAAUCGCAACCCCUUACGACUCUCUUGCCUCUACACUGAAAACAACAUAAAAUUACUUAAUUCUCUAUGGCAAGACCAGUCAUAAAUUCGGCUCAGCCGGUCGUCUCCGUCAAAAACACUGUUUAAAAUUUUUAACCCAGAUAAGCCGAAAAGGGGUUGUGUGUUUAUAACCGUCGCAGCAUUAGCUCCGUUUGUAGAGCGCAGAGCGGAAGGUCGUUGGUUCAACUCCCUGGGCCGUACCAAUACUCAGGGACAUGAAAUAUCUGAAAAAUAAAGGUACUUCCCUUGCUCUAGCCUGUACACAGACGUUGUUUUAUGAUUCUUUUCGUUCUUUUCAAAAACAUCGGCGAGCGAAGAGAGCGCGCGAGAACGAGCGCGGAGUCUUGCGUUGGCGGUCAAUAGACCCCUGCCGGGUUUAUAUUCUAUCACCCGCGCUCGAUCGCGAACGACUAUGAAGAGAAAAUAGAGGGUCUGUGAACAGGCUACCCUUGCUCUGCAAACGGCUAGACUUUCGCGUACCCUCGGAUGAUUACGUAAAAUGGUGGUCACGUCUGCAGAAGGAGACGUAAAAUUAGUGUCCUCAAUUACCUUUUAUCACUUAUUUUCGCGCGACUUUAAUUUCGCGAAUUUGGAAUAGAAGUAUUUCGAAUCAACAGUUUUCAAGGUAAUUAAAUUUCGCGAAUCAAGUACGCUGGUGCUCGUUUCUGAACUGAACUGCCAUUUCCAUAACGGAACUUCCAUAACGGAAUAGAAACGUAACAAGCAACUGGUUCAAAUGUUCAACAAUGUCAGUGACAUGACAUCUUUUAAAACUACACUGAUAUAAGCAACCGAGGCACUAUUAAACUCGACGGCACUGCCAAUUAGCUUUUAGAUAAGGAUCGCCU